AUGGCCGCUCCCAACGGCUUUCCGAGGCCUCAGGACUCUGGAAAUAAUCCCUUCAGCCAUCCUCAGUUCCCUCAGCGCCAAAAUUCAGGCCCUUCCUUCCCUGUUGCCCGCCGCGAUUAUGACAACGAAUCUGACAUGAGCGACCACUACAAUGCCAUGAACUCCAGCAGCACCCGGCUUGCAGGAGCGCCCGGCUUCUACGACCAGAGCGCCGACUCUUCUGGCCCAGAUAUGUACAACCCUCCCUACAACCCCUCAGUCGACUCCCAUGCAAGCAGCGCUCCAAGCAUAUCUCCCUUUGCCGACCCCGGGUUGGGCGCAUCCGAACACUACCCCGCCUGGUCUGCGGAUCGUCAAAUACCCAUGUCAACUGAGGAGAUUGAGGACAUCUUCCUCGACCUCACCCAGAAGUUCGGUUUCCAGAGGGACUCCAUGCGCAAUAUGUUCGACUUUACCAUGCAUCUCCUUGACUCCCGCGCCUCCCGAAUGACACCGAACCAGGCGUUGAUAACACUGCACGCAGACUACAUUGGUGGCCAACACGCAAACUAUCGCAAGUGGUACUUUGCCGCUCAGCUCAACCUUGACGAUGCAGUUGGCCAAUCUCAGAACCCCGGCCUCCAACGUCUCAAAAGCAUCAAGGGUGGGAACAAAUCUCUUGACACGGCACUCAACAGAUGGCGAAAUGCCAUGAACAACAUGAGCCAGUACGACAGGCUUCGUCAGAUUGCUCUGUAUCUUCUUGUAUGGGGAGAGGCAGGAAAUGUCCGCUUCAUGCCAGAAUGUCUCUGCUUCCUCUUCAAGUGCGCCGACGACUACUACCGCAGUCCGGAGUGUCAGAACAGGAUCGAGCCCGUCCCGGAAGGCCUUUAUCUGAACACCAUCAUCAAGCCUCUGUACAACUUUAUCCGUGAUCAAGGUUACGAGGUUGUCGAUGGCAAGUUUGUUCGAAAAGAGAAGGACCACAAGGAUAUUAUCGGCUACGACGACAUCAACCAGCUUUUCUGGUACCCCGAGGGUUUGGCAAAGAUCGUGCUCAGAGAUGGGACUCGUUUGGUCGACACCCCUCCUGCACAACGGUAUCCCAAGCUGGCCAAGGUCGAAUGGAAUAAGGUCUUUUUCAAGACCUAUUUCGAGAAGCGAUCCGUUGCUCAUCUAUUGGUCAACUUCAAUCGAAUUUGGAUCCUUCACGUAUCCGUGUUUUUCUUCUUUACGGCAUUCCAUUCACCUCGGGUUUAUGCACCCCGAGACCAGCUAGAACCGUCCGCGCCAAUGACCUGGUCGGCAGUCGCAUUGGGUGGUGCAGUCUCAACCCUAAUCAUGAUUUUCGCCACCAUCGCCGAAUUCUCCUACAUCCCCACCACAUGGAACAACGCGUCCCAUCUUACCACACGGCUCAUCUUCUUAUUGGUCAUCUUGGCCCUCACUGGCGGCCCCACAGUUUACAUCGCAAUUGUCGACGGCAGGCCGAACCAAGGCAAUAUCCCCCUCAUCAUCGGCAUAGUACAGUUCUUCAUCUCCGUGCUAGCCACGGUCGCAUUCGGUAUCAUCCCAUCCGGUCGCAUGUUCGGUGAUCGAGUGGCAGGAAAGUCGCGAAAGUACAUGGCAUCCCAAACCUUCACAGCCUCAUAUCCCGCACUCCCUCGCUCGGCUCGCAUUGCGUCGAUCUCCCUUUGGGUCCUCAUCUUUGCCUGCAAGUUCGCGGAGUCCUACUACUUCUUGACUUCCUCCUUCAGCAGCCCCGUCGCCGUCAUGGCCCGGACCAAGGUCCAGGGAUGUAGUGACCGGUUCUUCGGUUCUGCCUUGUGCACGAAUCAUGUUCCGUUCACUCUCGCAAUCAUGUACGUCAUGGACUUGGUCCUCUUCUUCCUCGACACCUACCUCUGGUACAUCAUCUGGAUUGUUAUCUUCUCCGUUGGUCGUUCGUUUGCCCUUGGCCUUUCCAUCUGGACGCCAUGGAAGGACAUCUACACCCGCCUUCCCAAACGAAUCUACGCCAAGUUGCUUGCAACCGCGGAGAUGGAAGUCAAGUACAAGCCCAAAGUACUUGUUUCCCAAAUCUGGAACGCAAUCAUCAUCUCCAUGUACCGCGAGCACCUUCUCUCCAUCGACAAUGUCCAGAGGCUUCUCUACCACCAGGUAGAUUCUCCCGACGGCCGACGAACCCUUCGCGCCCCGCCAUUCUUCACAAAUCAAGAUGGAAAGGGGUUCAAAGGCACCUUCUUCCCCGCGGGGGGCGAGGCCGAACGUCGCAUCUCCUUCUUCGCCUCCUCCCUUACCACAGCUCUUCCCGAACCCCUUUCGGUCGACGCGAUGCCCACCUUCACUGUCCUUGUCCCCCACUACUCUGAAAAGAUCUUGCUCAGCCUCCGCGAGAUCAUUCGUGAAGAGGAUCAAAACACUCGUGUCACCCUUUUGGAGUAUCUCAAGCAGCUUCACCCUGUCGAGUGGGACAAUUUCGUCAAGGACACCAAGAUUCUUGCUGAAGAGGUCGACGAUGGUACCGGAACUCAAGCCAACGAGAAGCAAGCCAAGGCCGACGAUUUGCCCUUCUACUGCAUCGGUUUCAAGAACUCGUCGCCAGAAUACACGCUCCGAACCCGCAUCUGGGCCAGUCUCCGCGCGCAGACCCUUUAUCGUACUGUUUCAGGCAUGAUGAACUAUUCCAAGGCCAUCAAGCUCCUCUAUCGUGUCGAGAACCCAGACAUUGUCCACACCUUUGGCGGCAACACGGAGCGUUUGGAGCGUGAAUUGGAACGGAUGUCCCGCAGGAAGUUCAAGUUCGCCAUCUCGAUGCAACGGUUCUCCAAGUUCAACAAGGAAGAGCAGGAGAACGCAGAGUUCUUGCUCCGCGCCUAUCCCGACUUGCAGAUCGCUUACCUUGACGAAGAACCCAGUUCCAAAGGUGGCGAGGCCCGUCUUUACUCGGCUCUCAUCGACGGACAUUCUGAAAUCGACGAGAAGACCGGAAAGAGGAAGCCCAAGUUCAGAAUCGAGUUGCCCGGCAAUCCCAUUCUCGGAGACGGAAAGUCUGACAACCAGAACCACGCCAUCGUCUUCUACCGCGGUGAAUACCUCCAGCUUAUCGAUGCCAACCAGGACAACUACCUUGAAGAAUGUCUCAAGAUCCGCAACAUUCUUGGCGAGUUUGAAGAGUACUCUGUAUCCAGUCAGAGUCCCUAUGCGCAAUGGGGCCACAAGGAAUUCGCCAAGUCUCCAGUCGCCAUCAUCGGUACCCGUGAAUAUAUCUUCUCGGAGAACAUCGGUGUACUGGGUGACAUUGCGGCUGGAAAGGAACAGACGUUCGGUACCAUGACCGCUCGUGCAUUGGCAUGGAUUGGAGGGAAGCUGCACUACGGACAUCCCGAUUUCCUCAACGCCACCUUUAUGAACACUCGCGGAGGAGUCUCCAAGGCCCAAAAGGGAUUGCAUCUGAACGAAGAUAUUUUCGCCGGUAUGAACGCCUUCGGUCGUGGAGGUCGCAUCAAGCAUUCGGAGUACUACCAGUGCGGAAAGGGUCGCGAUCUCGGUUUCGGUACCAUUCUCAACUUCCAAACGAAGAUUGGAACUGGCAUGGGUGAACAGAUGCUCAGCCGAGAAUAUUACUACUUGGGCACGCAACUUCCUAUCGAUCGAUUCCUCACCUUCUACUAUGGUCACCCGGGUUUCCACAUCAACAAUAUCCUCGUUAUUACCUCUAUUCACGUCUUCAUGAUUACACUGAUGUUCAUCGGUACUCUCAACAAGAUGUUGGUCAUCUGUCGUUUGGAUGCGCGAGGCAAUGUCAUCGCCGGACAACCAGGAUGUUACAAUUUGAUUCCCGUCUUUGACUGGAUUAGGCGAUGUAUCAUCUCCAUCUUCUUGGUCUUCUUCAUUGCGUUCUUGCCACUCUUCCUUCAAGAACUUCUCGAACGUGGUACCGGCACAGCUCUCCUUCGGCUUGGAAAGCACUUCCUGUCAUUGUCGCCCAUCUUCGAAGUGUUCUCGACCCAGAUCUACUCCAACUCGAUUCUCAGCAAUCUGACCUUCGGUGGAGCACGAUAUAUCGCAACUGGUCGUGGAUUCGCAACCACUCGAAUCAACUUCAGCAUCCUGUAUUCUCGCUUUGCGGGACCCAGUAUCUACAUGGGCUUCAGGAAUCUGUUGAUCUUGUUGUAUGUCACGCUCACCAUCUGGAUUCCCCAUCUCGCCUAUUUCUGGUUCUCCGUUGCAUCCCUUUGUAUCGCCCCCUUCGUCUUCAACCCUCAUCAAUUCGCCUUCGCCGACUUCAUCAUCGACUACCGCGAAUUCUUGCGAUGGAUGUCCCGCGGAAACUCGAGGACCAAGGCGAGCAGUUGGUACGGAUAUUGCCGACUUUCGAGGACCAUGAUUACUGGAUACAAGAAGAAGAAACUCGGUCACCCUUCGGAGAAGCUUUCCGGUGAUGUGCCUCGAGCCACCUGGCGCAAUCUCAUUUUCUCUGAGAUUAUUUGGCCCAUCUGCCUGGCCGCGCUAUUCGUGAUCGCAUACAUGUUCGUCAAGUCCUUCCCCGACCCCGUCACUGGAGAGCAACAACCCAGCCCGUUGAUUCGUAUCGCCAUCGUCUCCGUUGGACCUAUCGUUUUCAACGCGGCUGUCUUGCUCGGACUCUUCUUCAUCUCGCUCAUGCUUGGUCCCAUGAUGGACGGCUGGGCCAAAUUUGGUUCCGUCAUGGCCAGUAUUGCCCACAUCACCUGCUUGAUUGGGUUGGUUGCUGCCUUUGAAUUCUUCUGGUUCCUCGAGCAAUGGGAUGCCUCCAACGCCGUGUUGGGUGUUAUUUGCAUUGUUGCCAUCCAGCGGGCCAUGCACAAGUUCUUCAUCGCCGUCUUCCUCACCCGUGAAUUCAAGCACGACGAAUCCAACAGGGCCUGGUGGACGGGUAAAUGGUAUGGUCGUGGCCUCGGCAACUCUGCCAUGUCACAGCCAGCUCGUGAAUUCAUCGUCAAAAUUGUGGAAAUGUCACUUUGGGGCUCUGAUUUCAUUCUUGGACAUAUUCUCUUGGUUAUUCUCACUCCACCCAUUUUGAUUCCUUUCGCCAACAGCCUACACUCAACUAUGCUCUUCUGGCUUCGCCCCUCGAAACAAAUUCGACCACCACUUUUCUCGACCAAGCAGAAACGGCAGCGCCGCUGGAUCGUCGUCAAAUACACCGUCGUUUACAUCUUCGUGGUUGCAAUUCUUGCAGCCUUGCUUGUUCUUCCCGCUUUGUUCAAAGACAAGCUCAACUUCGACUGCGCCAUUUGCAGAAGCAUCUAA